UUUUCCUCUCAAAAACUUUUCAAAAAUGAGUGAAACUGUUAAACUAGACGUUGGCGGAACUAUUUUCAAAACUUCAAAAGAUACAUUAAUGAAACUCGAUAGCAUUUUUAAAACUAUGCUGGAAUCUGGAACAGGGCUGGAACUUGACGAAUCCGGAUGCAUUUUUAUCGAUCGCUCCCCGAAACAUUUUAACAGGAUUUUAAAUUUCAUGAGAGAUGGUGACCUGUCACUUCCCGAAAAUUGGAAGAAUUGCUGGCAGAGGCUCAAUAUUAUUUGCUGAAUGGACUCAUUGAAUUGGGUAAUAUUAAAAAGCUACCAAUUAUUGAAAGCGCACGAACUUGUUCUGUAUCUUCUCCCCCACCUCCAUGGAUAUCCAAACCUUCUUGGAUUUCACGGAAGUGAUUGUUUAACUGAAAUAAAUUGAGUUUUCAUUUUA